AUGAGCAGCGUCGCUACUCGAUGCGUAAGCACGUCCGCCCCGGAGUCAAAGGAGCCCAAGAUUGAGGCGGAGCAAAAGCCGGCUGUGCUGGACUGUGUGGUAGACAAACUUAACGACUCCAUCAAGAAGCACCCGGGCGAGACUAUCGCCGUGCUCUUCGCUUCCGAUAUUGGCAGCAUUGGCGCCAUGUACGGUGUCAUCUCGCUGACUGGUCUUGAGUUCUCGCCGGAAUUCGCCUUGGCCUUCGCUGCCAGUCGCCCCUUCCGCCGCUUUCGCCUGCCGCUAGACUUGGCGGUCGCUGCUGGCGUUGCUAAGAUCUUCCCAGUUUUGUCCAAAGUGCGGCUCUCGGACCUGACUGGUGCUCUACCAAAUCGAGCGAAUACCUCUACAACAACAAUCUCUAGUCCCGGCUUCAUGUCUAAAGCGAUGGACAAGGCUAAGGAGGUGGUGGACAGUUACGGUGCUGCAUACAUGAUGGGAUCUCGUCUGGCUGGUGUGGGCGUGGUUUGCUCACUGUACGCCCUGAUCAAGCAAGGAGUGGAUGUCAUGCCGAUCCUCGCCUCACUAGGCAUGGGAGAGGUGGGUGAAGCACUUGGCGGUUAUGCUGCGGCAGUAGUUUUCGGUAGUGCCAUCUACCCAUUCACACUGGGCGUCUCAGGAUACAUCGUGCCUGUUGUCGCGAAGCUGCGCAGGACGAUCAUGCCGUGA